GUAAGACUAGGCCUAACAAGAAAAAAGCGCGCGAAAUUCUCUCUCCUCAACUACUACUCACUAUUUUCUCUCUCCUCCGCCAUGCCAGAGCUUCCGGAGGUAGAAGCGGCAAGGUCCGCCAUAGCUGAACACUGCAUAGGUAAGAAAAUCAUGAAGGCAAUUAUAGCAGAUGAUUCUAAGGUCAUUGUUGAUGUCUCUCGCUCCGAGUUCGAAUCCUCUCUCCUCAACAAAACUAUCGUUGCUGCUCAUCGCAAAGGCAAGAACAUGUGGCUUCAACUUGAUUCGCCUCCUUUUCCUUCUUUCCAAUUUGGGAUGGCUGGUGCUAUAUAUAUCAAGGGUGUGGCAGUUACGAAGUAUAAAAGAUCUGCUGUAAAUGACGCGGACGAAUGGCCCUCAAAGUACUCCAAGUUCUUCAUUGAACUACAUGAUGGUCUGGAGAUUUCUUUCACAGACAAGAGGCGGUUUGCUAAAGUUCGCCUGCUGGAUGAUCCAGCUUCUGUUCUACCGAUAUCUGGGCUUGGUCCUGAUGCUUUAUUGGAACCCAUGACUGAAGGGGAGUUCUUUAAUUCCAUGAGCAAAAAGAAGAUUGCUAUUAAGCCUUUAUUGCUCGAUCAGAAUUUUGUUUCUGGCAUCGGGAAUUGGGUUGCAGAUGAAGUUUUAUAUCAAGCAAGAAUUCAUCCUUCACAAGUUGCUUCUUCCCUCUCAAAAGACGAAAGUGCCAGGCUACUGAAGUGUAUUAAAGAGGUACUUGAGAAGGCUGUUGAGGUUGGGGCCGAUAAUAGUCAAUAUCCAAGUAAUUGGAUUUCACAUUCACGGGAAAAAAAGCCUGGAAAGGCUUUUGUUGAUGGAAAGAAGAUUGACUUUAUCACUUCAGGUGGAAGGACGACAGCUUAUGUACCAGAGCUUCAAAAGCUAAGGGGAGUGCAAGCCACAAAAGCUCCUGAUAAACCUCGCAAACAAACUUCUAAAAAGAAAAAGGAUGAUGAUAACAACGAUGAAGAGCAUGAUGAUAAUGGUCAUGAUGAUGGGGCCGGCAGGGAAGAGGAAAUGGAAAAUGUUAAAUCUAAGCAAAUGAAGAAUGGCACAAGUGGAAAGCAAACACCUAGAAGGAAGAAAUCCACUAAGGAUGAUGAUGUUGAUGAUAAGGAGGAUGAUAAUGAUGAUGUGAGAGAUGAUAAGACAACCAGAACUCGUGAUAGUAGGGUUUCGGCAAAGAGGAAAUCACAAGGAAUGGAUGCAAACAAGAGCGAGAAAUCGAGUGGGAGAAAGAAGGCUACAUCCAAGUCGAAGUCUAGGAAAAGCAAUGAUUCUGAUGAUAGUGAUGAUGGUAAUGAUGAAUGAGAGUGCCAAUCAAAAGAGACUAUAAAAAAACUGAAGCCUGAAAGACCCAGAAGCAGACCGAAAAGAAAGCAAAAUAGGAUAGAAUUUGGAUGGCACAGUAAGUUAACGGGUCUUGUAAAAUUCUGGCUGGAAACACAAGAAGGCCAAGUUUCAACGAGCCUUGAUUUUGAUAUCAGUUCGUUUUCCAGUAUAUAGUUAGUAGAAUAGGUGUUCAGUGUCGGGUCGCUUUUCGUAGUAAGUUGCGUUGUAGAUGUGCCGUUACCCGUUGGUAUAUUUUUGAUGCUAUCCUUUUAUCUGUUUGAACAUCAUGCAGGAUAUUGCUGGCCUUCAGGGCUAUAACAAGGGCUGCAUUAUGUCAUUAUAGUGGGAACAUCAUGAUCUUAUUA